ACUCGGACCCUUGGCAUCUCCUGUGGGUUUCUGCGAGGGAUCCACUGGAGCUGGAACGCUCACAAACGUGUUCCCUGCUGUGGGUGAGAUGUCCAUGUGGUAAUCUGAGCGCUUCCCACAUCGGGCAAAAUGUGGAAGGAGGAAGUGCAAGCGGGGAAGACACCAGCAGGAGGCGCCGCAGAGCCAGGGGAGCAGCCAUCCAGGGACAGCCGCAAGCUGGACUGCAUCAUCUGCUACUGCGCCUACAACCUGAGCGAGAGGCUGCCACGGAAGCUCUACUGCGGACACACCUUCUGCCAGGCCUGCCUCCGCCGGCUCCACAUUGUCAUCAACGAGCAGCAGCUGUGGAUUCCCUGCCCGCAGUGCCGACAGAACACACCCCUGCCGCGGGGAGGCGCCACUGUGCUGGACCUGGACUUGGCCGCCUUCCUGGGCGUCAAAGCGGAAGCUGACAACCAGCGAAUCAGCACGCUGCAUGGGGGCGGAGCCCAAGCGGAGCACACGCCCUCCUUCGGAAAGCAGCCAAUCGUGGAACAGCCUGCGUCCGCCUGGGCACACGGCAUGCUGGGGGAGCAGCCUUUCCGCUUGAGUCCGUGCUGCCGGUGGUGCAUGUUCCGCUGCUGCUGUUAGUUGCCUCCCGCUCCUCCCACUUGAGAAGGUGCGGCGGGCGACAGUCGCCAUCCUGCAAAGGCGUCAGCAGCUUCAACAACCAAUGGGGAGGGACCUGGAACUGUUGACAUCUGUCAGUGCAU